AUGAAGCCAGCACAGAUCAGAUUCUCUCUACAGAGACCUCUACAGCACAGAGAUCCAGACAUGGCACCUACAAUCACUGCAGCAAUGACCAACUCUCAGGACCAUCUGACUCUGACCCACAAGCUCAGAAAGCCUCUGGUGGAGAAGUUACGCAGAGAGCGAAUCAACAGCAGCAUUGAGCAGCUCAAGUCUCUCCUGGGUCCAGAGUUCCUCAAACAGCAGCCAGACUCCAAGCUGGAGAAAGCAGAGAUCCUGGAGAUGACAGUUUGCUUCCUGAGACGACUGAAGCAGCAGAAUCAAGCUGUGGACUCAGCAGCUGUCAAUCAAGGCUACUCCAGGUGUGUCCAAGAGGUGGCACACUUCCUGUCCAAGGAGAAGGUGAAGACCCAGUCCCAGAGAAGACUGCUGAACCACUUCAACAAUCUGCAGUCUUCCUCUGAUAACAACCUGAGAGCGGCUGACUUCUCUCCUCUGAGCUCCACAGUCCACACCAGCAUCACUGAAGAGAAGAGUCCAGUCAACAGCGCCGUCUGGAGGCCGUGGUAG